AUGGUAAAGUAGAGAAAGCAAACAAGUGCUAAAAAGAACAACACAACAUACGCCUUUUUGCUUUAAGCCCCCCAAUAUUGUUGUCUUUCUCAGAAACUUCAUAAACAGUUGAGAGGAAGAAGAAGAUGAAACGACGAAGAGCCCUUUAAAUAAAGUCUCAAUCUUUAAAAAUCCAAGAUCUGCCCUUUCUAAUAGAAAGUUUCUAUCUCCGGUUCUUAAAGUUUCCCGAUCUUGUGAUGUAUUGAAGAACCGGAGAAAGAGAGAGAGAGAUGUUGUGCUUCAAAGGUUCGGUUAGGCGGAAGAAGCAAUCCGGUUCUGUUCCGGUUUAUCUGAAUGUCUACGAUCUAACCCCUAUGAAUGCUUACGGUUAUUGGCUUGGACUUGGUGUCUUUCAUUCUGGUGUUGAAGUUCAUGGAGUUGAAUAUGCAUUUGGAGCACAUGAAUCUUCAAACACAGGUAUAUUUGAAGUGGAGCCAAAGAAGUGUCCUGGUUUCACGUUUAGGAAAUCGAUUCUUGUCGGGAAAACAGAUUUGGUUGCCAAAGAAGUCCGAGUCUAUAUGGAGAAACUAGCUCAAGAGUAUCAAGGAAACAAGUACCAUCUCAUCACAAGAAACUGCAACCAUUUUUGCAAUGAAGUUUGUGUUAAACUUACUCAGAAAUCGAUUCCUAGAUGGGUCAACCGACUUGCUCGCUUAGGGGUUCUUUGCAACUGUGUGUUACCACCGCGUUUAAACGAGGCAAAAGUGAGGCGGGUAGGAAAAGGAGAGCUUUCGGAAAGUGAGAAGAAGAAGCUAAGAAACCGAACACGAUCAGGUCCAUUACUCUUGUCUUCUUCGUCUUCAUCGACACCUGAUAAUCAUCGUCCACACAGUCGAGGAAAAUCAACUGGUAACCAACCUUCUUCUUCUUUUUCUUCUUCAUCGGGUUCAAAGAAAAAUCAAAGACCUAGAGGUCAAGACCAGAAGUCGCCAAGCGUAAGCGUCAAGACUUGAUUCUUUAUUUUAACAUUUAAUUAUUGUUUAUGAUAAGGACGAAAAAAUGUGUAAAGACAAAAGAAAGAAAAAACAGAGGAAAAUGCCAAGCAAAGUAUCAAUCAUACAUGGGCAUGCUCGUGCUUUUGUUCUCAAAGACCAUGUUUUUAAAAAACCUUUUUGGGUGUGUAGUAGAUCUUUUCUUUCUUGGUACAAUUGCUUAUAGGAGACAGAGAGGUUAUAAGUUAUGUACAAAAAGAACAAUGAUUCAUAUAUUUUUCUUUGUUUGAUCACUCAUUGGAGUUUCUUUAUUCCAAAGUUUUAAACACAUUGA